AUGGAGGCUGUGAGCAGGCUUGUCCCCUUGGCCCUUUUCAUCGUGCCGUGUUUGGCAGAGUUCAACUGGACCCAGUCUGAAGGGCCAAACAGAAGUGAAUUCCAACUUCCCUGGCGAAGGGCCACGAAUCUCAAAGUGUGGCACCUUGACCGCACCAGCAGCACCUGGGAAGUUGUUACCCGUGCACGUUCUCGGGCCCCGGCCACCCCCGUCCGGGUCAGAAUCUGGGCCCAGGGUCCCACAGCCGCGCUUUUGCUGGAUCCCAGUGGAGGGUGUAAAAAUGAAAACAUUAAAGUUUUUGAUGGAAACUCUACCAAGGGGUCUCUGCUCGGGAAAGUCUGCAGUAAACAUGACUACGUUCCUGUUUUUGAGUCAUCAUCCGAUAUGUUAACGGUUCAAAUAGUCACCGAUUCUGUAAGAAUGCAAAGAACUGUCUUCAUCUUCUACUACUACUUCUCACCCGGCACCUCUAUUCCAAACUGUGGUGGUUACUUGGAUGCCUCCGAAGGAUCCUUUACCAGCCCCAAUUACCCAAAGCCACAUCCUGCACUGGCUUACUGCGUGUGGCACAUACAAGUGGAGAAAGGUUACAAGAUAAAAUUACACUUCAAAGACAUUUUCAUAGAAGUGGACGAAUACUGCAGAUUUGACUUCAUUGCCGUUUAUGAUGGCUCCUCCACCACCUCUGGCCUGCUUGGACAAGUGUGUGGCUACGUGAAGCCCACCUUUGAAUCCUCGUCGGACUCGCUGACUGUUGUGCUAUCUACAGAUUACGCCAACUCCUACCGAGGCUUCACUGCUUCCUACACUUCAGUUUACGCGGGAAACGUCAACACUACAUCCUUAACUUGCUCCUCAGACAAGAUGAGAGUUAUCAUUAGUAAAUCCUACCUGGGAUUAUUAAAAUAUAGCGAGAAUAACUUACAACUAAAUGACCCAACUUGCAGACCAAAGAUAUCAAAUGUGGUGGAAUUUUCUAUUCCUCUGAAUGGAUGCGGUACAGUCAAAAAGGUAGAAGAUCAUUCAAUUACUUACACCAACAUAAUCACUCUCAUUCCGUCCUCCGCAUCGGAAGUGAUCACCCGCCAGAAACAUCUCCAGAUUGUUCUGAAGUGUGAAAUGGAACGUAAUUCUACUGUGGAGAUGAUGUACAUAACAGAAGAUGACAUAAUACAAAAUCAAAUUGUGCUGGGCAAAUAUAACACAAGCAUGGCUCUUUUUGAAUCCAAUUCAUUUGAAAAGCCUCUGCUGGAGUCACCAUAUUAUGUGGAUUUGAACCAAACUCUUUUUGUUCAAGUCAGCGUCCACGCCUCGGAUCCAGAUUUGGUGGUUUUUCUUGAUAACUGUAUUGCCUCUCCCACGUCUGACUUUGCAUCCCCAACCUAUGACCUCAUCAAGAGUGGAUGUAGUCGAGAUGAGACUUGUGAGGUGUAUCCAUUUUCUGGACACUAUGGAAGAUUCCAAUUUAAUGCCUUUAAAUUCUUGAGAAAUCUGGGCUCCGUGUAUCUACAGUGUAAGAUUUUGAUAUGUGACAGUAGUGACCAUCAGUCUCGCUGCAACCAAGGCUGUGUCUCUAGAAGGAAACGAGACAUUUCUUCAUACAAAUGGAAGGCAGAUUCUGUCAUAGGACCUAUUCGUCUGAAAAGGGAUCAAAGUGCAAGUGGAAAUUCAGGAUUUCAGUAUCAAAUACAUGGAGAAGAAACUCAGAAUCAACCUUUCAACAGUCUGCAACUAUUUUUAUUCAUGGCCCUUGCUCUGAAUGUAGUGAUUGUGGCUACGAUCAUAGCAAGGCAUUUUGUGAAGCAGAGAACAGACUACAAGUACCAGAAGCUGCAGAAUAUGAACUAA